AUUAAGCUUUCUUACUAUUUAUUAUGACUCAUUAUUAAACUAAAUAUUCCUCCAAAAAAUAACGUUGAUGAUGUAUUUAUGAUUCCUAAAAUACCCACACAGCAUCCUUCACCAAUUGGAAAGGCUACUUCGCACCCAAAUUCAAGUAAUAGAGGUACCAUGGGUAUAAAAUACAUUCCUAUUAGUAUAUUACAGAUAAAAACAAAGUAUAUAUUUGAGGAAUAGAGUGAUAAAUGGAAAAAUAGAAGGGAUAUAGCACCUAAUAUGAUAUAUAUAGACAUUUAUAGCUUAUAUUUUUUAUAUUUGUUUGAUAAGUAUCCGCCUAUUAUGGAACCGAAAAUACCUCCUAUAGGUAAUGCACAUAGUAUUAUUGUGGAGUGUUGGCCGUCAAAGCCAAAUGGGGAUAUAUAAUAACCUACUGAAGUUGCUAAACCACAUAUAGAGCCAACUAUUAAUGCCUAUUAACCAGAUAUUAGAAGAUAAUUUUUGUUUUUUAUUAAAUGUUGAAGAUUUUCUAUAUAUCUUUACGGUAUUUUAUAAUAUGAAGAUGUUAUAUUUGCGGGUUAUUAAGGAGUAUUUUU